AUGUUUCAACCAACUGCACCCGUCUCAGCAUACCUGGCCCCGAAAGUUCCUCCUCUGCCCAACUCUCCUUCGCUCGCCCAGACCAUCGGCAUGGAUGAAUCCAGUGGUGCCGUGGCCAGCGACGACCUCAUCUCUGCUUAUCACCUGCCUCGACCUCUCCCCCUCUGGCUCAAUGCCCAGUAUGCCAAGCACAUCGUCAAGGGAAAUUUCAUGACCCUCAGCGCUCGACCCAAGACUGUUGAGCAGGGUGAAUGGAUUGCGCACCAGGUUGUUGAGCAUUAUCGCAACCUCUGGAAUUUUGUCCGGGUGCUUCAUGAAAAGGAAGAUGAUGGAAGCUCCAUCUGCAACUCGACUUCCUGCCCACGCAUGUCGGCUGGAGCGAACCACUCCUUCACUUGGCUCAACAGAAAUAGGGAGCCCGUCGAGCUUCCAGCCUCUGAGUACAUGACACUGAUGCAGCGAUGGAUCUCGGGCAAGAUUGACGACACCAACAUCUUCCCGACCGACCCCUCUGGAGUCUCGUACUCACACAAUUCCGCCAUCACCACCACACCUCUCUCCCAGCUGACCAACCCCGGUGAGCCCGAAUGGAUCGGCAAGCGAUCGGGCUUCCCUGACAAGUUUGUCGACAUUUGCCAGAUGAUCUUCCGACAGAUGUUCCGCGUCUACGCCCAUCUGUACUGGGCUCACUUUACCGAGCCCUUUUACCACCUCAACCUUGAGAAGCAGCUCAACAGUUGCUUCUCUCACUUUGUGCUGACGGCUACUGCCCUGGACAUGUUGAAGCCUGCUGAGCUUGAGCCCAUGCAACCUCUGAUCGAUCUCUGGGCGGCCAACGGAACCUUCCCACCGGAGUCCAAGGCUUACGAGUAUGCCAAUCUCCGGGCGGGCGAGCGUCUUCUGCAGCUGUCCGGCGUGAGCCAAUAAACCAGGGCGCACGUUGUCAUAGCCGUAGCGGUGGGGUCGUACGGGAAGCGGGAGGAAGCAGAGCAUCCGUCAAACGGAUCAGGGAAGAUGUGUACAAUCUUGGAGCCAUGUAUCGAGACUGGCAUUUGGAGGAUCAGAAGUGAAAGAAGGAAGGGCAAAGCAUAUUUCUGCAGGAACAGAGAGCUGCGGAUUGGAGUUUCGGGGCCUCGACAAGCUUGAGCUUCGUAUAGGAGUUUGGCAGUAGAAGGCGAGAUGGAAGAUGGAGGAAACACGCAAACCGGCCGGCGGCUUUGCGUCUUUUUUGUAUCAUCAGCACUUCGAGGCUUGCUUCGAUCA